CAGAUCUGAGGCUGCAUCAUCAUUCUACACAUCUGGAAGUGGUUUAUGGGCUCUCAUUCCUCCAGUGCAGCGUCUGGACCCUGUGCUAUUCCUCAGCAGCAGAGAGAGAAAACCAGCACAACUCCAAAGUAAACUUUGAAGAGUCUGAAAAAGGAAUUGAAUCUUAAAACUGUUACUGUGCCCUGUAAGGCCCUUGUGCGGGGGACUUCAAAGGAGGUUGAUGGUCAAGAAAGCUUUGGCAAGAGUGCUUACAUCUGUGGGCUAUUUAGGAUCCCAGUAAAUAGCUCUACAGCUCUUCAGGAGAGAGGAGUCCCGAAUACUGUGCUGCUUUGAAGAGCCCCUCAUUUUGUUACAGGACUUGGCAACUGAGUUAGGGGCUGCCAGGUUCCAGGAAUUAAUGUCUACAGUCAGGGAAAAAUGAAUCACAGUUCUCAUCCAACAGGACACAUGGCUCUUUUAAAGAAAAUUAACCAGAUCUUACUGUUACUUCUUGUCUUAACUGUAUGUGCCAUUCUGUAUAAUAAAGUUCACCAAGUGCCAUCUGCAUUAAAGAAUGAAACAGUUGAUUUGGAAAGUCCUGAGGAAAUGGAAGAAGAAAUCCCGGUUGUAAUCUGCGCUGCUGCAGGGAGAAUGGGGGCAGCUGUAGCAGCAAUCAGUAGCAUCUACAGCAACACAGAGGCUAAUGUUUUGUUCUACAUAGUUGGGCUGAAGACUACCAUCCCACAUAUUCGAAGAUGGAUUGAAAAUUCUAAACUGAAAGAAAUAAAAUUUAAGGUUGUGGAAUUCAACCCUAUGGUACUAAAAGGAAAAAUCAGACAAGAUGCAUCACGUCCAGAGCUACUGCAGCCUCUCAACUUUGUUCGAUUUUAUCUUCCUCUGCUUAUCCAGAAGCAUGAGAAAGUCAUAUAUUUGGAUGAUGAUAUCAUUGUUCAAGGUGACAUCCAGGAACUCUACGAUACUAAGCUGGCUCCUGGACAUGCUGCAGCUUUUUCAGAUGACUGUGAUCUGCCUUCCACACAUGAAAUGGUUAGAAGUGUAGGGAUGCAGAACACGUAUAUGGGAUUUCUGGACUACAGAAAGCAAGCAAUUAGAGAUCUUGGCAUCAAUCCCAGCACCUGCUCCUUUAAUCCUGGAGUAAUUGUUGCUAACAUGACCGAAUGGAAACAUCAACGGAUUACAAAGCAAUUGGAAAAGUGGAUGCAAAGAAAUGUGGAGGAAAACCUUUACAGCAGCACCCUUGGGGGAGGUGUGGCAACCUCUCCAAUGCUGAUUGUGUUUCACGGAAAGUAUUCCACUAUUAAUCCUAUGUGGCACAUAAGGCAUCUUGGGUGGAGCCCUGAUGCCCAUUACUCAGAGCAUUUUCUUCAAGAAGCGAAAUUACUUCAUUGGAAUGGGAGAUACAAACCUUGGGACUAUCCCAGCGUUCACACUGAUCUCUGGGAAAACUGGUUUAUUCCUGACCCAUCAGGGAAGUUCAAAUUAAUUCGGCUUGAUAGCUAAUAUGGAAACCAUUGCACCGUACCCAUGGUCUGCAGUACGUAAUAGUUUGAGAUGCAAAAUGUUGUGUAAUUAACUGAUUUUUUAGAAAGCUAAGGAUCUGUUAACUAGGUGAGUGACCAUCAGUUUUGUGUGCUUAUGGCUGGAAUAACAGGCUUUCAUGUAAAGUGAGGAAACAAGUUUACUCCACAGUAAUGUAUUUUUAUUAAAUGUUCACAGAGGUGAAAUUCAGUGCCAAGUAGUGUGGUUUAAUGUAAGGUCUUUAUAAGUGAGACUCCAAUGUCUGACGGUAGAAACACAGAAAAGACCUUUAUCAGCCCCAAAUGUUAUCCCAAGACUGCCAAGGCCACCACUAAACCAUGUCACUGAGGGCCUCAUCUACACAGUUUUUGAACACUU